UAAGACAGAGUAAGACAGAGAGCCACACUCCUGGAAUUUUCUUUCUGUCUCCAUGUAGCCAACAUCGCCAAGGCUGAGGUCACAAUGCAAUGGGACUGGGUGAGUGCAGGAUGACUGCAGGUCCCUUGGAAGGGAAGACCAACAGGAGAUCCUAUUGAUCGUAGAGACUUCCCUGCAUAGUUUGUAAAAGCAUGAAUGCAUACCGGAGACAAGUAGAUGAAAGCCACCCUUUGCUACCUGGAUACACAGGCUACAUUCCUCUUAGAUUUUACCGAAUUGGAACCAGAUAUGGGGAUGAUUCUGUCUGGUGUGUGAACACAUUUCGUGAUGCAACACAGCGAAGGAAUGACCAAAUGAACGAACUGAGAUGUACAGCAGCUACAGUGCCACAGCUACCACCCAUUUGCUCCAAUGAAGAUACAUUAAAUGUACUCGAUGACUAUAAUUACAAACAUCAUCCCAAUGUGCUGGGACCUGUAGAAACAAAAAGGGAUCUGAUGGAGCCACCCAUACCAGGAUGGACUGGCUUUGUGCCCAGGUCAAGGGUCACAGAGUUCGGUCAUGGAGUGCGUUAUCAUACCAUGGCAGAAAAUUGCUACCAAGAUUUUAAGAAUUCUUUGGAUAGAGUUUCGCAUGAUUAUACUAUUCAGGAACCCAUUAAAGAAAUAAUAAUAACCAAACACAAAGAAUCCCAUCCACACCAGCGAUUCUAUAGACCAGAAGGAAUGCUACCCAAGUAUACGGGACAUAUUCCACAUGAACGUUCUGGCAUUGGAAAAACCUUUGGGAAUGUGUGCAGAAGCUGUUCUGUUUGUAAUCACUCUGAUGUGAGUUAUGGGGCUUAUCUUAAGAAGAAACGCAAGGCUGAAACAGUGCAAGAGCCUAUAGAAGAAGAUGAGAAAGCUGCAAUUGCUUGUUGUUUGGAAAAUGACAGUAGACAAUAAAAACACACAGUAAUAUUGAAUAUGA